GAGAGGAGCAAGUUAACAAAGACUGUUAAGAUUUCAGGAAUAUUUGGAGAAAUGCCUGGCUAGGGUUUGGUCUACGAGGAAUUGAACAACGAUCUCGAUCCACCAACGAGUUAUCUGCAGUAAUUCGGUCGGAGACUCAGUUCCGUUCCCGAGUUUGGACGGCGGCGGCGGCGAAGGGAAAGAAUGGCCUCUACCCGGUAAACGUCUCCGUUCACUGUUUUUUUCACUCUCUGGGUAAAUCAUUUUGAGAAAGUAGUGAAAUGGUUAUUAGAAAGCAACUUUGCAGCAAUUGCUAUCUCUUGUUUCGUCCUCACACCAAAUGCUUAUCUUCAGCAACCGUAGAAUCAAGUUUCAAUGACAUAGAAACCCAAAUUAGAUCCUUAUGUGAUAAAUCCAGUCCCCGACUCGAAGAUGCUUUGCUCCUCUUUAAUCAAGCAGUUGAAAUCCACGGCCUGCCUUCUGAAUCAACAUGCGAUUUUCUUUUACAAACAUUUUCACAGUCGAGGAAGUAUAACAUGGUUAUCAAUGUCUACAAUAAGAUGAAGGGUAUUCAAGUUUUUCGCAGUUUCAUAUCAUUGCAAGUUCUGAUCGAGUUUUUCCUUCAUUCAAAUAAGCCCGAUUUUUCUUUUGGAGUGUUGGGCACGAUGGUGAAGUGUGGUUUUCAAGUUAACACAUAUUGUAUAAAUGUUGUUUUAAAUGGACUUUGUCGAAAUGGUGAUACUUCAAGAGCUGUAAAGGUUUUCAAUGAAUGGUGCAGAGGGUCUGUAUUGCCUGAUGUGAUUACUUUCAGCACUCUUAUGAACGGGCUUUGUAAAGAGGGUCGAAUGGGAGAAGCAAUUGAUUUGUUUGACGACAUGAAGCUGAAGGGCAUCAAUCCGGAUGUUAUUACUUUCACAACUCUUAUGAACGGGCUUUGUAUAAAUGAUCGAAUGAGAGAAGCAAUGGAUUUGUUUGAUGACAUGAGGUUGAAGGGCCUCAAUCCGAAUGUUCUUACUUACAACACUCUUAUGAACGGACUUUGUAAAGAGGGUCGAAUGGGAGAAGCAAUGUAUUUGUUUGAUGACAUGAGGUUGAAGGGCCUCAAUCCGAAUGUUCUUACUUACAACACUCUUAUGAACGGACUUUGUAAAGAGGGUCGAAUGGGAGAAGCAAUGUAUUUGUUUGAUGACAUGAAGUUGAAGGGCAUGAAUCCGAAUGUUUCUACUUAUAACACUCUUAUGAACGGGCUUUGUAAAGAGGGUCGAAUGGGAGAAGCAAUGGAUUUGUUUGAUGACAUGAAGCUGAAGGGCUUCAAUCCGGAUGUUGUUACCUACAGCACUCUUAUGAACGGGCUUUGUGAAAAGGGUCAAAUGGGAGAAGCAAUAGAUUUGUUUGAUGACAUGAAGCUUAAGAGCCUCAAUCCGGAUGUUAUUACUUACAACACUCUUAUGAAUGGGCUUUGUAAAGAGGGUCAAAUGGGAGAAGUAAUGGAUUUGUUGGAUGACAUGAAGCUGAAGGGCCUCAAUCCGGAUGUUUCUACUUACAACACUCUUAUGAAUGGGCUUUGUAAAGAGGGUCAAAUGGGAAAAGCAAUGGAUUUGUUUGAUGACAUGAAGCUGAAGGGCUUCAAUUCGGAUGUCAUUACUUACAACACUCUUAUGAACGGGCUUUGUAAAGAGGGUCGAAUGGGAGAAGCAAUGGAUUUGUUUGAUGACAUGAAGCUGAAGAACAUCAAUCCGAAUGUUUCUACUUACAACACUCUUAUGAACGGGCUUUGUAAAGAGGGUCGAAUGGGAGAAGCAAUGGAUUUGUUUGAUGACAUGAAGCUGAAGGGCUUCAAUCCCAAUGUGAUUACUUUCACCACUCUUAUGAGCGGGCUUUGUAAAGAGGGUCGAAUGGGAGAAGCAAUGGAUUUGUUUGAUGACAUGAAGCUGAAGGACAUCAAUCCGAAUGUUUUUACUUACAACACUCUUAUGAAUGGGCUUUGUAAAGAGGGUCAAAUGGGAGAAGUAAUGGAUUUGUUGGAUGACAUGAAGCUGAAGGGCCUCAAUCCGGAUGUUUCUACUUACAACACUCUUAUGAAUGGGCUUUGUGAAAAGGGUCAAAUUGGAGAAACAAUGGAUUUGUUUGAUGACAUGAAGCUGAAGGGCCUCAAUCCAGAUGUUGUUACCUACAACACUCUUAUGAACGGGCUUUGUGAAAAGGGUCAAAUUGGAGAAACAAUGGAUUUGUUUGAUGAUAUGAAGCUGAAGGGCCUCAAUCCAGAUGUUGUUACCUACAACACUCUUAUGAACGGGCUUUGUGAAAAUGGUCAAAUGGGAGAAGCAAUAGAUUUGUUUGAUGACAUGAAGCUUAAGAGCCUCAAUCCGGAUGUUAUUACUUACAGUGCACUUGUAAAUGGAUUUUGCAAAGCUGGGAAUUUCGACGAGGGAAAGAAACUUUACGAUAUGAUGUUGGAAAAAGGAGUUGAACCGGACGCAUUCAUUUAUUCAAGUUUAUUACAGUAUCUUUGCAAAAUGAGGCGAUGGGAGGAAGCUAGCGAGUUAUUCAAUGUGAUGUCACACCGAGGAAUAAAACAGAAUCGGGUAAUCUAUAACGUUUUAAUCGAUGGGCUGUGUAAAGAUGGAAGGCCUAUGGAUGCCAUGCGGUUAGUAGACUUAAUGGAGGAGAAUGGUGAAGAGUCAGACAAAAUAACAUAUACUUCACUAAUCAAUGAAUUUUGUAAAUCUGGUAUGGUUACCGAAGCUUUAAGAGUCUUUGAAAGAAUGACUAAAGGGAAUAAUAAUAAAAUCGACAUUGUUUCUUACAAUUCAUUAGCUUGGGGGCUUUGCAAGAAUGGGAAGGUUGAUGAGGCGGUGAGGUUAGUAUCUUUGAUGUUGAAAGACAAGAAUCGUGUAGAACCAAAUCAUCAAUUGUUAACAGCUUUAAUUUACGGGCUAUGUAAAGAAGGUCAUCUAAAGAAAGCGAUGGAGAUUCAUCGUGAAAUGAACAUGAGAGAAAUAUUUCCUUUUAAUAUACUAAUACAUGCUCAUUUGAAGAAAGGAGAUGUCGGUGAAGGAAUGAAGUUAUUGAAGAACGGGCUUGAAAUGGGAUUAGUUCUGGAUUCAUACACUUAUUCAGCUUUGAUAAAUGGAUUCUGCCGAUUGAGAAUGAUGAACGUUGCGAAAGGUCUUUUGAUUCACAUGACUGUUCGUGGAAUUCUGCUUACACCUCAUCAUUACAACACUUUACUAGAAAGUCUCUGCAAAGAAGGUAGUUUGGAGGAGGCAAAGGGUUUCUUUUUAGCGAUGAGCAAAACAGACAGUAAGCCGAAUGUUGCAUCUUUUAAUAUAAUAAUUCAUGGAACUCUAAGAGCAAAGGAUCUACAUUCGGCGAAACUAUUCUUCGAGGAAAUGCUUCAAAUGGGCGUGGAACCUGAUGUUGGGAUCUUUUCAACACUUGUAAAUGGAAUAAUGAAAUUAGAACAUUGGAAGGAGGGAAAAGACACGAUCGAGAGGAUGGUGACUUGCGGUUAUGGUCCUACUGCUGCUGUAUACGAUUCUUUGCUAAAGGGUUUUCUUGCGAUGGGUGAAAAGGAAGAAAUAAUUGGUUUGCUUAGACGGAUGGCAGCUGAUGGGUUUCGUCUUAACGAAGAAAUUACUGAUACAAUUCUCAAAUGUUUGUGUCUUUUUUCUGAACAUGAUAAUGUUGAAGAGAUCUUGCCUAGUUUUCAACAGGAGGUUUCUAAGGUGGUUUGAGAAGAAAAUGGAAGAAUUGUAUUGAAUUGAAAUAUUUGAGUUAAAAAUGAUAGUGAUCAUACUUGGGUGACUCUAUUACUUAA